GCUANUUUCUCCGGCGCCCGCCUGCUCUCCCCCCUCCCAGCCCCAGCCCCAGCCCCGCCAGCACCGCUACCUCCGCCAGCAUUGCCACCAUCAGCACCACCUCCACCACCACCACCACCACCACCACCACCACCGCCGGCGGCGGUAGCAGCCAUUUCAUCUCCACAGAAACCAGACACAAAAACAUGGCAGAAAUGGAGAAAGAAGGGAGACCUCCGGAAAAUAAAAGGAGCAGGAAACCGGCUCACCCAGUGAAAAGGGAGAUCAAUGAGGAAAUGAAGAACUUUGCAGAAAACACUAUGAAUGAACUCCUUGGCUGGUAUGGCUAUGAUAAGGUUGAAUUGAAAGAUGGUGAAGAUAUUGAAUUCAGGAGCUACCCUACAGAUGGAGAGAGCCGGCAGCACAUUUCUGUUCUCAAAGAAAAUUCUUUGCCAAAACCAAAAUUACCCGAGGACAGUGUUAUUUCACCAUACAAUAUAAGCACAGGCUAUUCAGGGCUUGCCACAGGAAAUGGACUCAGUGAUUCACCUGCAGGGUCCAAGGAUCAUGGCAAUGUGCCCAUUAUUGUACCUUUAAUUCCUCCGCCUUUCAUAAAGCCACCAGCAGAAGAUGAUGUGUCAAAUGUACAAAUAAUGUGUGCCUGGUGCCAGAAAGUGGGAAUCAAGCGCUAUUCCCUGAGUAUGGGAAGUGAGGUGAAAAGCUUCUGCAGCGAGAAGUGCUUUGCGGCCUGCCGACGAGCCUACUUCAAGAGAAAUAAGGCUAGAGAUGAAGAUGGACAUGCUGAAAAUUUCCCCCAGCAGCACUAUGCUAAGGAAACUCCAAGGCUUGCCUUCAAGAAUAACUGCGAACUACUUGUAUGUGACUGGUGUAAGCACAUAAGACACACAAAAGAAUACCUGGAUUUUGGGGACGGGGAAAGAAGGCUUCAGUUCUGCAGUGCAAAAUGUCUCAAUCAAUACAAAAUGGACAUUUUCUACAAAGAGACACAGGCCAAUCUUCCAGCUGGGCUGUGCAGCACAUUACACCCUCCCAUGGAAAAUAAAGCAGAAGGCACCGGGGUGCAGCUGCUCACUCCAGACUCUUGGAAUAUCCCUCUAACAGAUGCUCGGAGGAAGGCCCCCUCCCCGGUGGCUGCAGCUGGCCAAAGCCAGGGCCCUGGCCCAUCGUCGUCCACCACCGUGUCUCCAUCUGACACUGCCAACUGCUCUGUCACUAAAAUCCCCACGCCAGUGCCCAAGUCCAUGCCCAUCAGCGAGACUCCAAACAUCCCUCCUGUCUCCGUCCAGCCACCUGCUAGCAUCGGGCCUCCCCUCGGUGUCCCGCCUCGCAGUCCUCCCAUGGUGAUGACCAACCGCGGCCCGGUGCCGCUGCCCAUCUUCAUGGAACAACAGAUCAUGCAGCAGAUCCGCCCGCCCUUUAUUCGCGGGCCGCCGCACCACGCCUCCAACCCUAACAGCCCUCUGUCCAACCCCAUGCUCCCAGGCAUCGGGCCCCCGCCCGGCGGCCCCAGGAAUCUGGGCCCCACUUCCAGUCCCAUGCACCGGCCCAUGCUGUCGCCCCACAUCCAUCCCCCAAGCACCCCGACCAUGCCUGGGAACCCCCCGGGCCUCCUGCCCCCACCGCCCCCGGGCGCGCCCUUGCCCAGUCUCCCCUUCCCGCCGGUGAGCAUGAUGCCAAAUGGCCCGAUGCCCGUGCCCCAGAUGAUGAAUUUCGGGCUGCCGUCGCUUGCCCCGCUGGUGCCGCCCCCCACCUUGCUCGUGCCAUACCCCGUGAUCGUGCCCCUGCCCGUGCCCAUCCCCAUCCCUAUUCCCAUCCCUCACGUCAAUGAUUCCAAGCCCCCCAACGGAUUCUCCAGCAACGGGGAGAACUUCAUUCCGAGCGCCCCUGGCGACUCCUCAGCGGCUGGAGGCAAGCCAGGCGGACACUCCCUGUCCCCUAGGGACUCCAAGCAGGGCUCAUCCAAGUCUGCGGACUCGCCGCCCGGCUGCUCCGGCCAAGCCCUGAGCCUAGCGCCCGCGCCCGCGGCCACCGAGGGCGCCAAGACCGCGGAGCCGCCGCCGGAGCAGCCCCCGCCGCCGCCGCCGCCCGCGCCCCCCAAGAAGCUGCUGUCGCCCGAGGAGCCGGCGGUGAGCGAGCUGGAGUCGGUCAAAGAGAACAACUGUGCUUCCAACUGUCACCUGGACGGGGAGGCGGCCAAAAAGCUGAUAGGGGAGGAGGCCCUGGCGGGGGGCGACAAGUCAGACCCGAACCUUAAUAACCCCGCGGACGAGGACCACGCGUAUGCUCUGCGGAUGCUGCCCAAGACGGGCUGCGUGAUCCAGCCUGUGCCAAAACCCGCGGAGAAGACUGCCAUGGCGCCGUGCAUCAUCUCCUCGCCCAUGCUCAGCGCCGGGCCGGAGGACCUGGAGCCUCCGCUCAAAAGGAGGUGCCUCCGAAUUAGAAAUCAGAAUAAGUAAAAGGAACGCUCACUCACAGGGUACCUUGCGUGGAGAGAGGGCGCAGAGCAAACCAUGUCCCGCCAUCCAAUGACACCAGCUGGUCAGCUCACCACCCCCUCUGGCUAAAACUCAAACAAAUAAAGCCGCUUCCUGUCAUUAAGCAUCUCAGAGGAAGCAGCCCUCCCUCGGUGGCCUCCAGCCCAGAGAAGCCAGCACAUCUUGGACCUACCCCGCGGCCCAGCCUUCCUGCGGCCACCGUCUCUGCUUCUCCCCAGAGGAACUUAGGGAUUUCGCCCCUGGUUUUAGACAAACAAAACACCGACAAGCCACAAGGACCAACGUAGGUAUUCUCCCCGCUCCAUCUUCAAGGCUCGGAGGGUGAGGCUGGAAGAUGAUACGAAUUUGAAAACAAAAAUCUUUUUUUAGUCAUUUUAAAAACUGCUGUGGUUUUGCUGCUACACUAAGAAUUGUGAUUUGCAUUGUACGGUUUUGGAGGCGGAGAGGGUCGCACUGGGGUCCCAGUGCUGCAGCGUCAUUCUGUCCUGCCCAGGAUGCACUUUUAAAUGAAGAGGUAGAAUAUUUUAUUGGCUAAUAUACUUUUCUUGUUAUUUUUACAAAGGCCACCUUUAUCCUUUUUAAUGCCAUAUUUUCAGUGUUACACUUUUAUGGCUUUUAAUUUUCGAUUUGACAGAUGUAAGAAGCAGCAUGAAUAGUUUAUACUGUGGUUUUUCAGAGACCGAAUGCCAAGAGAACUCGGUAAAUGUUUAUUCUUCUCAGCUUUCUCUUUAAAUUCUCCUAAAUAGCGCCCCAUUUGGGAACAGAGCAAGAGUGUUGAACUGAAGACCAAAAUGCCCUCAAGGUGUAACAUAAUCCAAGGGGGCUGUUUGCUGGGCGUCACGAAAGACUUGGAUGAAAUUUCAACCCUGACGGUUUUCGGCGGUCCAGGAAGUCAGUGAAGCAAUCUCUCUAUAUGCAGAGUCCUUUCGUGGUGAUUAGAAUGGUAUGGACGAACCAGUGAAAACAAGAGGGAAAGUGAGAAAGAUCACCCAUGAUUCUGUUUCACUGUUUGCUUUCUCCUGUCAUGGUUAAGAGAAAUGUGCAAUUCGAUCCUCGGUCAGUGGGUGGAGGAUAACAGGGUAGAUUUUCUUGUGUGCACUUGUACAGUUGUCGCUGCGAGUCCGGAAGUCCUGCAGAGCAUGCGUACUGACACUGAGUUGGUGAGACAGUCGUGGAGUAUCCCAUUCUGAUGAGUAGAGGAAAAAAAAAAAAAAAGCAAAAAAAGAGAAAAAAUAAGAAAAAAAUCAAAAAAAGAAGAAAACUAAAAAAAAAAAAUCCAAUCACCUUGUGAUUCAGUGUAUCUGUUUACUAACUCAGAUAAAGCAAUUGUUCCCUCUUGAGGGGUCCAGGUGCCCCCGCCCACUCAGCGGCCAUGGGAGGCAGGAGGGGUGGCAGGCGGCGGGCAGGUGAGGCCAGGACAGUGUCGCGCCGGCCUCGAAGCACCGCGGGCCCGUGGACGCCGUGUACAUACUGUAUUUCUAUAUUCUCCUUUGUACAGAGUCACUUAACAAGUCAAGCUACUGUUUUACAGGUGCUCCUUAUUUAUUAGAGCUGUGAGAGCUUGGGGGACACACCUGGCGAGCGAGCUCGCUUUUUAAAAAUGAAAUUGGGGGGGCAGGGGAAGGGAGGCGGGAGGGAGGGGAAGCUCGAAAGCCCAGGGAGAGAUUUAUAAAAGAGAACAAAAGGAAAACUUCCAGCAACAAAUUAAACAAACCCCAACACCAAAUCCCCCCCAACUCCCCGACAGGAAGCAGCAGCCCCUCCCCUGGGUGCUCACUUCCCUGCGGGGCUCCCAACAUUCUCCUCUCUCCCUGACUGGUGUCAGCUUCAUCAAACAAAAAUAAAUCUCUAAGAAAAAAAUGCA